AUGGUAACGAGAUGGGGAGCUAUUAAUAUCAAUGGGGGCUACUCUGGGAAGAAGGUAGAGCUGGCAGAGGCUGCAAGUAAGAUGGGGUUGGACGUUUUAGCUGUUAGUGACAUUCAGGUAAGGGGUGAGAAAGAGGAAGUGGGAGAAAACAAGGUCUACCUGUCAGGAGUCAAAGCAGGAAUAGCACAUUGGGGUGUAGGGCUUUACAUCAACAAAGAAAUGGAACCCAGUGUAGUUGCAAUAAGGUUCCAGAAAGUGGUUGUGUUUUACAUCAAUGGAAGGAGGUAUGAAGUGGAUAACACAGUUCCUGUGGACACUUCACUGAACGCUUACAUAAGAAAUUAUGUCAACCUCAAAGGAACUAAGUCAAUGUGCCAUGAAGGAGGCUGUGGCUCAUGUAUUGUUAUGAUGACAAGAACACAUCCUGUCAGCCAGAAAGUGGAAUCAUUUGCAGUCAAUUCUUGUUUGAUGCCAGUAUUUUCAUGCCACAACUGUAAGAUAACAACAAUUGAAGGAAUUGGUAAUAGAAGAAUUGGGUAUAAUGCAGUUCAGAAGACACUUGCUGCUUUCAAUGGCACACAAUGUGGGUACUGUUCUCCUGGAAUGGUUAUGAACAUGUACAGUCUGUUACAGAGAAGAAAGAACAUUACUAUGGAAGAUGUUGAAAACUCUUUUGGUGGAAAUAUCUGCCGAUGCACUGGAUAUCGCCCAAUACUUGAUGCAUUUAAGUCUCUUUCAUCUGAUGCUCCACCAGACCUCAAAUGCAAAUUUCCAGACAUUGAGGUAUAGUAACACAUUUCUAAAGCUGAGAUGAUACUAAAAUCUAUUUUAGGUUUGUGUUAUAACUAUUACUUUUCUUAAGGACAGUAUUAUUGCUCCCAGAUAUCAGCUUAAUGUAAUUUUUGUGGGUAUUAUUAGACGUUAAAGAAGUAUCAAUCUCAUACACUAAAUAAUGUCUUAAGAAAGAUUUACUGUCUUGGUAUAAGAGACUUUUCAAAUGAGUGGAUUUUAUGUGGUAAAAUAAGUUCUCCAACUCUCAUAAUGUAUACUUUGCUCUCGUACAUUCAGUAGCAUUAUUGAUGAGACCUCUUUACAUUAAAUCUUGUGAUUUAACUCUAUUAUGGGACAAUAAAAAUUCU